AUGUGCGUACGCAGAGACACCAGAUCCGCGACUUUCCCGGUGCCCAAGGACGAGCAGAGCCUCUGCGACGGCGUCUGGGGCCGGUAUUACACGUCCUACUCCGUCCCGCGACACCAGCACGGGCUCCACGGCUCAGACCCCGCGCCGUCCCGUUCUCGUGUCCGGGAACUUGGUUCCGCGUUCCAUUGCUGUGGUAGGAAGAACCAGGGUAGUGCUGGUGCUGGUAGUGGCGCGAUGAAGUCGAGGAAGAACCGCGGGUGGGGAGGCAGCAUACGUGGUUAUGUGCGACCGAAAGGCGUUUGGGAUCACGAAUACUGGUCCUAUGCCUACAGCCCCAAUGUCGACAUUGGGAAGCUACCCAAGCAGGCCUACGGAGUUCCAACAGCAAUGAAGCGUCGAUCUGGGCACAGUACGAAGAGACGUAAUGGAUCUAGGGUUUCUGCUCCGAGGUUGGCGGUGCCAUCUUCAGACUAUAUGAUGACAUCGGCGUUGCACCGCAAUCAACUUGGGGAUGAGCAAAGGAGAACAAGGUUUGACGAGAAGGCUAGAGGGGUGAAACGAAAGGGGGAAACGAAACAUGUCCGCUUCUCCGGUUCCUCAAGUGAGUCUGAACGACGACGGCGCGAGCGGCGGAGCAAGCUGGCCGCGGAAUACCAGACACGCCACCGAGACCCAUCAACGAAGACCGCCAGCUACCACGAGCAAAAGUCAAGAGGUCCAACCUCAAGCUAUCAGAAGAAGAAAAAGAAGAUGGAGAAGAGAACGAGCGCCCCGAACCCGCUCGCAGACGUAGACCGGUAUCUGCGGGCCAAGGAACGCGAACGCCACGGCGGCGGCAGCACCACGAAGCACCACCCGCGGCCCGUGAAGCCGCGUCGGUCCUUUUUUUCCUUCUUCCUCAAGCCCGACGGCUUCCCCCGGGCCCUGGGCGCCUCAGCUCCGGAGUUGCUGACCCAGGGCAAGCGGCGGGGGCCGCCCCGCUACGUGGCACUGUCGUCGAGCUCGUCGAGUUCGUCGUCCUCGUCGUCCUCCUACUCCUCUUACUCCUCUUCUUCAUCCUCGUCGCCAUUCUCGAAAGCGCUGCCGCGUGCGAGGAAGGUGGCGAGCGGUCCUCGGUCGAGGGAUGGGAGGUGGACGGCUCCGGAUACGUCGGCGUUGUACAUGACGAGUGCCAGGGGUCCGAGGGAAGACGCUGACUCGAAUGGCAAAGACAGAUCUCAGCAGCGGCGACGAGAGCGACGAUUCAACGAACUCAACGACUACAACGACUUCGACAAGGUCCACGGAGUGAGGGAGCACCAACGGCCCGGUAGCGAACUCCGGAGCCCAGCAGCUCUGCACUACGACCACGAAGCCGCCGGGCGGCAGACACCGUAUCAGCGCUCAGGGGUAGAAAAGAUCAAUACUGACACGCAAGCCCGUACCACUCAGCCCUGGCAGCCCAACUCCCCCAUAAGCAGGUCCCUAUGGCAGCGGCAACAGGAGCACCGCCGAGACAGAGCCUGCGACAGCAGCAGAGGCGGGCGUCGCGUCAGGAGCCCAGCUAGAAGGAGAUCCCCAUCUAAACGAUGGCGGCGCGGCAGCGAUGACGAGCGCAAUACGAGCAGCAGCGAAGCCCGGCGCAAGAGAUACGGCAUGGCGGAGCACCACGAGGGGCGGUACGCGUACCCACCGCGGCGGCCGGGCCGGGGCAACGGGACGACAUCUAAAGCCCGAGGAGAGCGGCAGCGGCAGCAGAAGCGAAGGAAGAGACGAAAUCCGGGCGACGGUAAGGACAGGCGCAGAAGGAGGUACGAGAGGCAGCAGCGUGGCGGCGGGUUGGAUGACGGUGAUAGACGGGUGCAUUUCCGGUGA